AGACAUUGAAGCUGCGAAGGCAUUUGAUGGCCUUGUUUGCAUUGUAAUGAAUGUAUUGUAACCAUCGUCAAUAUAAGCACCACCGUAAGCCGAGACAGCAUUGUUCAGCCUAAACUUUGGAAAGGCCUCUGUUUCCGAAAUGUGCAAAAAAUUCCCACGUUUCUCCAGAAGUCUAUCAAUGUUGCUUGAGUUCGUCGCACUUGUUUUUCUUGCCUAUUCCACAUUUGGGCAAGAAUUUGCAUCGGCUCUACCGCCACCACCGCCACCGCCAAGAAUGCAUGGACCAUUCGGACCGAGAAUGGGGCCACCAGGAAGAUUUGGAGGAAGAGGGUGGAAAAGAAUGUGGCGACACAGACAUGGGUUUGGAAUGCCAUAUAGACCGCCAAUGCCGCCACCACCAGGACCUGGACCGCGAUUCGGUCCAGGGCACAGGUGGUGAUAUGACACUUGCAAAGCGGUGUAAAUUUGAGACGAU